UAUAAAGUAAAAUGGUUCAAUCUUCAACUAACACUCACAUUCGUCAUUUGUUGCUAAAUAACAAGGAGAAGGCUGUAAAUGUUGAAUGUAUUUUAAAUCAAACAGAAAUCAUCUCCCAACACAUUGCUAUUUUAUUUGCUAACUAGGGAGAAAGUAUCAAGAAACUUGUGAUUACUUGAGUAUUUCAAAAAAAAAAUUGCAAUCUUCAACACACUCAAAUCAUUUGUUGCUAAAUAAGAAGGGAAUAUAGAAUACCAUUCUCCAAGGAGUAAUGCUUGGGUCCUGCCUUAUCAGGACAAGAAUUGUCCUCCAUGCUGACGUGGCCCAAUCAAAAUUUGCCACAUCUCUAUUGCAUUAAAAAAUAUAAAACAUGGGUAUAACCCAUUUAACCGACCCAUUUUAAUUUCUCUCUCCUUGUUUCUCUCCCAUCCCGUACGUUUCCCUUUCUUUAUCAGAUCAAUCUCCCAUCUCCCAAUGUAUUGUCCUCACUAGAGACGGAAGCUCACGAACUAGAAAAGUAAAUCAGAGAUGAUGCAAUUUGCAGAGUUUGUAGAAUAGCAUCAGUGAAGAUGUAGAAGAAAAGCAGAAGAGAAACCGUAAUCUCCAAGCAACCAAUUGUCCCCAUAGAACCAGGUACUUCAUCCAUGAUGAUCUAAAUCUACUUCUGCAAUUCACAUGAAUUUGAUAAUGAUGAUUCAAUCUCCCUUUCUGAAAACACAUCCUCACCCUUCAAUUUAAUUCUUCUCCUCAACCUCUGCCUGCUACCCAAAUCUGUCAUCAAAGAAAUUAUAUAUACUUUAUAGUUGUGUAUAAAUUAUAUGCAUAUAUUUAUAUUUACGUAUAUGACCCAGAAUUAGUCAGAAAAAAAAAUCGAUGAGAAAGGACAAAACAUGGUUAAAGAAAACGUCAGUCUGAGGAUUUUUAUUUAUUUAUUCAUUUAUUUAUUUUCGUUUAUGCAUUACAAUGAAUUCAUGUUCUUUCCUUGAAGGUUAGAAAUUUACCCUUGUUUUGAUCUGAAAAUUUUACCCUUGUUUUGUUUCUCUCACAUCAUGCUCAGAUCUCCAUGUUACAUUAUCGCCUCCAUUCACAAAUCCAAACUCUAGGAAGCAACCCAUUGAUUUCAGACAGUGUUCUGGUUUUAGCAAGGAUUGAUUGGCAUUUUUCGAAGUAGGUAUGUUCAAACAUUAUAUUUUUCAAUGCAAAUUAUUUUUUCUGCUUUCGAAAAGCUUAAAUCAAGUAUGGUUAUUGUUGAAUUUUUGUUCAAAAUGAGUUUAAUUCAAGCUUAAUUAUGUUUAAAAAAAAAAUCUGUAUUCAGUGACUAAUGCAGGAGAUGGAUUACAUAGGCUUAAGCAGUGAGCCAUCGAAUAGUUGUGAAGUUGAUAUGGAAGAUGAUUGUCUUUCUUCUUCUAAUGAGUGUUCCUCAAAAAAAAGAAAUUCAACAAAAAAAGGAUGAGCCAGAACUUGGAAUGGAGUUUAGUUCAGAUGAGGGCGCAUACCAGUUCUACCUCAACUAUGGUAGUAAACUUGGUUUCGAUGUAAGGAGAAAUCAUCACAGGAAAAAUAGAAAUGGGAUUAGUACUAGGGUUACCUUUUGUUGCUCAAAAGAAGGUAAAAGAAGAGAGAAUAGAAGAAAAAAUCUUUCCUACCAUCAACCCAUAACUAGAGUUGGUUGUGAGGCUCAAAUGACUUGUCUACUUCAAAAUAAUGGGAAAUUCAAGGUUGUGUCAUUGAACAAAAGUCAUAAUCAUGACUUGGUUAGAACCCCCAUGAAACAUAUGUUGAGAGUUAAUCGAAGUAUUUCUAAGGCUCAAAAAGCACAUGCUGAAGAUGCAGACAGGUCGGGAUUACCAAUAAAAUUAUCUAUGGAGUUGAUGAGCAGAGAAGUUUGGGGGAGAGAGAAUCUUGGUUUUCUAGAUAAGGAUUACCGAAAUUACAUAUAUAGAAAGCGAAAUAUGGCAAUGGAAAAAGGUGAUGCUGGAGCUAUAUUAGAGUAUUUUCAUAAUAUGCAGCUGAGGGAUCCAUCAUAUAUUUACUCACUACAACUUGAUGUGGAUGAUAUGAUUAUUAAUAUUUUUUGGGCGGAUUCACGCUCAAUUAGUGAUUAUGGACUUUUUGAAGAUGUUGUGUGUUUUGACACUACUUAUCGGAAAAAUGAAUAUGGUGGACCUUUUGCAACAUUUAUUGGGGUGAAUCAUCAUAAGCAAACAGUCUUAUUUGGUGCAGCUUUACUUUAUGAUGAAACCACUGCAUCAUUUAAGUGGUUGUUUGAGACUUUUCUUGGUGCAAUGUCUGGAAAAUAGCCUAAAACGAUUCUUACAGAUCAAUCUGUUGCAAUGGCUAAAGCAAUAUCAGAAGUAUUUUUUGAAUCUCAACAUAGGCUAUGUGUUUGGCAUAUUUAUCAAAAUGCCGCGAAGAAUUUGAGCCAUGUAUUUCAUGCAUCAAGCCAAUUUGCUCAUGAUUUUGGCAACUGUGUGUAUGAUUAUGAAGAUGAAGAUGAAUGGCUAUUGGCAUGGGAAAGUAUGUUGGAUAAAUAUAGUCUCAAAGAGAAUAAAUGGUUAAAAGAGUUAUUUGAAGUAAGAGAAAAAUGGGCAAUGGUUUAUGGACAACACACUUUCACUGCUGACAUGAAAACUACUCAACGUAGUGAGAGCAUGAAUAAUGUGUUGAAGAAUUACUUAAAGCCAAAGCUUAAUCUUUUGCAUUUCUUGGAGCAUUAUGAGAGGGUUUUGAAUGAUCGGCGAUAUGAAGAGCUAUUUGCAGAUUUCAAGAUGAUGCAAAGCAUGCCUGAUUUGUUAACUAAUGUGGAGACUUUACGUCAUGGUGCAGAAAUUUAUACUCCAAAAAUUUUCAAAUUGUUUCAGGAAGAGUACAUGAGGUUGGGUGAUUACAAUAUAUACAAAGUGGCUAAGGAAGGGUCAAAAGUUGAAUACAAAGUAUCUUGUGUUGGAAAAUCUCGAGAACAUGUGGUUAAAUUUGAUGUUCCAACACAAACAAUCACUUGUAGUUGUAUGAAGUUCACUUUUAUUGGAAUUUUAUGUGUCCAUGCAUUGAAAGUGUUGGAUAAGAAAAAUAUAAAAAGGAUUCAAUCUCAAUAUAUCAUGAAACGAUGGACAAGAGAUGCAAAAGCAAGGACUAUCACCAACUAUCAUGGAAUUGCUGCCAGUGACAGUCCUACGGUGUCUGUGGGAAAGCGUUAUAGCCAUUUGUGUCGAAAUUUUCGUGAAAUUUCAUCUUUAGCCUCAGAACACGAGAAAUUAUAUGCAUAUGCAAAUGAGCAUGCUCUUGUGUUGCUUAAUGGCUUAGAGGAGAUGAAGAAAGAAAUUUUCUUAAGCGGUGCUGAAAGUUCAGUUUGUUAAAAUGAGGAAGGUGAAAUGGUAGCUCCACGAAAUGAUUGUGUGCCAAUAGGGGUUAAAAGAAAAGCCACAGUUAGACGCCCACAUAGUCGACUAUCAAGUGCCCUUGAACGACGAAAAAAAAAAAUCGUCCCAAAACCACCAAAUUUUCAACAAGACAACAAAAUGCCACACAGGAGCCGGUUUCCAGUGUUUAUAAUUUACAAGAGCAACAAGCUGGAGCUGGACAUGGAGUUGUUCAGCAAACAUUUGAUAAUUUGACUUAAGAGCCGAUUUCCAGUGCUUAUAAUUUACAAGAGUAACAAGCUGGAGCUGGACAUGGAGUUGUUCAGCAAACAUUUGAUAAUUUGACUCAAGAGCUGAUUUCCAGUGCUUAUAAUUUACAAGAGUAACAAGCUGGAGCUGGACAUGGAGUUGUUCAGCAAACAUUUGAUAAUUUGACUCAAGUGCCGAUUUCCAGUGCUUAUAAUUUACAAGAGCAACAAGUUGGAGCUGGACAUGGAGUUGUUCAGCAAACAUUUGAUAAUUUGACUCCAAACUUGUAUCAUAUUGGCCAUGGAAUGCCUUCAGGGAUGCAGUCAGUGAUGAACUCUAAUGAAAAUUGGCUAUCCAAUAUGACUUACACACAAUUACUUCAGGAAUCUAAGAAACAUUAUGGUAGCCUUCCACAAAGCACAGAAGAAAGCAACAACUUAUGUCAAGAUAACUUGUUGGGAUAGGAUUUGCUGAAGUGUUGGUGUCAUUUUGAAGAUAACUUAUUUAAAUCAAAUAGACAUUUUUGCUCUUUUGCUCUAUUGAUUUGCUACAAUUUUAAAGGCUCAAGUCUUGGUUUAUUGUAUUUGCUAUAUCAUGUACGCUGUUCAUCUUUCUCUAUUGGUUCAGCUUGAGUGUUGGUGUCAUUAUGAAGAUACCUUAUUUCAAUCAAAGACAUUUUCACUCUUUUGCUCUA